AUGAAUCAUACCAUAUUCAGAAGCCUUUGCUUCUUACUUUUCUUGGCAACUUUCAGUUUCCAGGCAGGCAAAGUGGUUGGUUUCUUCGGACGAUAUUAUCUCUACGUGCACAAUGGCCUGCCUGACGAUUCUACCCCGUUAACAGUUCAUUGUGCCUCAGGAAAUGAUGAUAUUGGAUAUCAUAAUCUUACUGUUAAUCAGGAUUUGACAUGGAGUUUUCACAUGAAUUUCUUUAGGAAUACUUUAUACUUCUGCCAUUUUUGGCGGGGCGCAAAAUCUGCAAUGUUUGAUGUGUACAAUGACACCUGGGCUUACUAUUGUGGUCAUUAUCAUCAAUCUGACAAGUAUUGCUAUUGGCUAGUAAAAGAAAAUGGUUUCUAUUUUACGGGACAACAACAUCACAAUGUCCCCGGUCCUUUUGACAACCAUCCAGCUAUAGGCUGGAGCUGA